UUCUUGCCCGUUCUAAAUCUCAGUCAGAAGCUCAAUAUCCUGUACUUGUAUAGAGUUUUAUCUGCAGCACUGGACUCUGUGGGCGUGAAGCAUUUCUUGAUGGACGGCUCUCUGCUGGGGUUGCACAGGCACGGGGGGAUCAUCCCGUGGGACGAUGACUUGGACGUAUCGGUCAGCCUGGACGCCUGGGAACUCGUCCAGCAGUCGCUGGCCUGUGUGGAAGGGUUUACGCUGAACAAACGCAGGGAGGGCCACUGGAAGUUCCACUACAAUACCGGCUACUAUCCGUUCGUGGACAUCUUCUUCUACAGAAUGGACGAAACCUAUGUGUGGGCCGCCUUGGAAUCGGCUCGAAAAACUUUCAUUUACCCCACGAAAUUGGUAUUCCCUUUGGGUGAGUCCAUUUUUGAGGGGAUGAAGGUUCCAGUGCCUAAUGAUAGUCUGCGCAUAACAAGAAGAAUUUAUGAAUACCAUGUAUGCGAUGCAUACUCAUUACAUAUGGAACGUAACGUGAGCUUCUCUGACGCUGAUUCUAAAGGAUAUUCCAUAACUAGUUUGCCAUGCCAUAACAUUUCCUACAUGUAUACGUUUUACAAUAUUUAA